AUGCCCGUGCACCAAGAUAUCAUUCUUCCCAUCCCGGGUCAUGGAAGCCUACGCGGUGUACGGCAUGGGACCUCAGUCCACAAGUUUCUAGGGGUGCCCUACGCACUUCCGCCAGUUGGGCCGCGUCGUUGGCAGAAGACCAUUCCCCUGCCACCUGAUUAUUCCUAUGGCACAGAAGGGCAUCCUUACGACUGUACCAAGUUCGGACCUAUAUGCCCGCAGCCAGAUUACAUUAUGAACGGGAAGAACCUCUCAGCUGUUCCAGGCACACUCACGCUUGGUCAGAAUUCCGAGGACUGUCUCUUGUCAAAUAUAUGGAUGCCGGCUUCUGGUCGGCAAUCGGGAGAUGGCUGGCCAGUGUAUGUCUGGCUGCACGGUGGUUGGCUACAAAUGGGAAACCCCUGUCACACGCCGCACAGUGAUCCUUGGGAGCUAGUUGAUGAGACUGGUGCUGAUCUGAAAGCAAUUGUAAUUGCGGUCGGCUAUCGUCUCAAUAUAUUUGGUUUUCUAGCCGGGCAAGGUGUCGACGGUAAUUUUGGAUUCUGGGAUCAGCGAUGUGCGUUAGAAUGGGUGCGAGACCACAUAUCAGCUUUCGGAGGCGACCCGCAUCAGAUUACCCUAGGAGGACUCAGCGCGGGAGCCUUGUCAGCUCACUACCAGUUGCAAUAUGAAUUACUCCAUGGAAAUGCCGGAACAUAA